AUUUUGCUAUUUUUGCGAAGACAUGCCACAUCUUCAGAUCACAGAUAUACCUGGCGGCACAAAUUCAGUUCUUCUAGAAUGAGCAAGCGGCAACUCAGGGACGUCGAUGGUCCGAACGGCGGCCGCAAGAGACAAAGAUUGGUCCACGAGACGCCGACAUUCGAGGAGAUUCACACGGGUCGCCAAUUGCGACAGCUCCUAUCUUUCGACCAGGAUCUGAAGCGAGCGAGGCAUGGCAUCCAAUCCCUCAAAGUCUUCCUAGAUAAGUUCGCCUCCGACACGAACGAGAAUAACCAACAACGCCUCGCCCUACUCAGGGAAUACCUCGAAUCAGAAAGACCCCGAAUCGCGAGCGAAGAUGCGGUGUAUCUAUCCGACCUCAUGGAGACCUGGGCGUUCGGCUCCCAGGUCCACAACGACAGCAUCACGGCCGCCGUGCCCGCCGUUCUCGCGCUGCUCCUCCAGAUCAUCUCGGGGUCUCUAGACCUGCUACCCGACGCCACGGGCAUUGCGCAGACUCUCCUCCAAGAGAGGCAACUGAAGCUCAUAGCGAGGAACCUCUCGGCGUCCAAGGGGAGCGGCUUCAUCAUCUCGCCCACGCUGCGUCUCCUGCGCGAGGUCGCCUCGCUCGACGGCGGUGCGCUGGCAAGACGGCUGUUCAGGGCGCGGGAUUUCACAUUCGCCUCCUUCGCGCGGAACCUCGAGGUGCGGAACUCGACCGACAGCGGACCCGAGGACCCCACGAAGCCUUCGGUCCGGACGAAUGCCAUCAAGCUUUUCAUGACGUGCCUGAAAUUCCUGCCGGGGGACGCGAAGAAGGAGUUGCUGAUGCAGAAGGAGGUCGUCUCGCAUUUGACGUUCCUGCUCAAGGAGGAUCCGGCUUACUUGAUCGUCGACAUGCUGCAGACGCUGAAGAAGCACGUCCUGAUGGAUGACGAGGUCGCCCGCGAGGCCAAAUUCCGAGCGUUCGGGACCAAAACCCUGGAUCGCCUGGCGGGUCUCUACAGCUACAGGCACGAUGAGGAAGCGGAAGGUCGACCGUCGGUCAAAGACACGGUGCACGGUUUUCUCAUUCACGCGUGCACGACCCCGGGCUCGGGGAUUCUAUACACGGGGACCGGGCUGUACCCCAAAGACGCCAAAGGCAGAGACGCGAUUACGCAAGACGUGAAGGACUCGGACGACUUUGCUCUCGAGAGGGUCGGCUGGCUGGACAAGUACAGGGAUGAGGUGCCCGUGGCCAACUUCGUGCUGGACGAGUUUAUCCAGAAGAUGCGCCCGUGGUCGAGUCUGAGGCAGAGCGAGCUGAUUGUGGCCAUCUUCGCGGCGGCACCGGAGCUCGCCGCCAGCUACUUUCUGGCGAACAGUGCCUUUUCGUUCGAACCGAAGCUGUCCAUGACGUGGAUCGGAUACGCGACGUUCAUUUUCGACACGGUCCAGCUGCCGAUACCCAGGUAUUUCGGUAACAGGUCGAGGUAUCACCGGAUCCCCCCCCCGACGUGGGUGCUCCUGGGCAACAUCCUCCCAGCGCCGCUGAAGCAGAAGGAUUUGGUUCGAAGUUUAUCGAGCGACUCGAACCUCAUAUCCUUCUUCGCCACACGUAUAUUAAUCCUGGCUCUGCAGAAGCUGAGGGAGGCCCUGCGGAUGCACCGGGAGGCGGCCGACGGCGCCGCGAACAAGUCCAUAUGGGAAGCCGCGGCCCGUCGGCUUGUCGACGAGUUCUGCCAGAGGAUACCGGACAUGAAAGAGGUCACGAAAUGCUACAAGGCCAUCCCCGAGGAGGAGAACGUGCUGCAACGGGAAGCCGCGAGCCGGCUGUUGCUACUGUACUACGAGGUGAUCCCGCAGAUGGCGCUGAUGGCCAACUACGACGUGUCGUCCUCGCUCCUCGACGCGCUGGGCCGGCUCGAGAACAUGAGGGAGGACCAGCGGGACCAGCAGGAGCAAGCGCUCGGGUUGAUGGAGCUGGAGAACCUGCUCGCUAUUGCGGGAUACUCGCCCGGCAUGCGGUGGUUCGCCAAGGCCGAGGGACUGGGCACUUCGCCGUUCGUCGCCCUGCUACGCGUGUACGCCGGUGUCUCCCAAGAACGGUCGCUGGCCAGGCUCCGAGAGGUGCUCGAGUUUGUUUCCACGCAGAACCAGGUGGUCCAGAGUAAAAAUGGGCCGGGUUUGCUUUUCUGCGUGCCGCGGGAGGUAGGGAAGAAGCAUGGGGACAUGCUGUGGAAGUUUCUCGACAAUUGCGUGAACAGGUGCGCCAUCUCUCCUCUCAAGUAUAUGGACUUGAUGGAGGAGAUCAUCGAGGCGGGGGGAUCGCCGUCAAGGUCGCAGCCGCGCUCGCCUGUUAGCUUGGUCCUGGUGACGAUGGUCGAGCAGGCCCCUUUUGCGGCCAAGGACGCGAGCGCUGAGCAGAUGGAGGCACUCGUCAGAAUCCUUUCAUCGUUUUUGGGUUAUGCCAAACGAUCGGGAGAGAACGAACGGGUGAUCGACGUCCUUGCGGAGAGGCUGAAUACUCUGCUUCAUGCUCCCGCUAAGGUCAAGCCACGGUUUAAAGCCGCUUUGCUUGAUGCUGAUGCUGAUGCUGAUGCUGAUGCUGAUGACGACGAUUCCUCAAAAUCCAACGACUCUGGCGUGAAGACCACUUCCUCCAAGGCUGACCACCACGCUGCUGAGCAGCCAACGACCAAAGCACUCGGCGAUGGCCGUCUCGAAGCCAUUCUUCAGGCGCCCUUGCACGCGGAAGAGGACAACUCGGCGCUCUCCAAGUGGGUCACCAAGUCCAUUGACGACCUGGUGGACGGGGAAUACAUCCCGGCGCUGAUGCGUCUGUUGUGGUCGGAGCAUUUGAGCAUCAGGCAAGAAGCACUCACAAACCUGCUCAAGAUGGCGGCCAAGAUCAAAGAGUCGUCGUACGAGGAAAAGGACCAGCUCUGGCUCCUCCUCUCCGAGCUGGCCGAGUCGUCCAAGGGCCUCGUGCCAUCGGGCCCCGUCGCGUCGCCGUUAGUGGCGUUCGCGCUCCAUUCCGUCGACAUCAUCAAGAACCCGCUGCACUGCCUCUACCCGAAAGUCAACAUGUACCUGACGCGGUCGCCGGUGUGGCCGGCCGACAAGAUGCCGCUGGCGCACGACAUCUUCCACGGCGAGCCGUCCCCGGACGACAGGUACUACACGGAGGUCAGCUGGCUGCUGACGUACCUGCUCGACGGGCUCCGGACGCGGGCGGACCUGGCGGUGUUCCACCACAAGAAGUGGUUCGAGAAGGUGCUGGGCCUGGCGGCGAACCCGUACAUGCGGACGAACCUCGUGACGAGGGUGCUGCGGGUCGUGUACCGGGCGACGGAGAUUGAGGGGGGGAGCACGACGCUGGUGACGAGGUUUGGGAUCGUGAGCUGGUUGGAGGCGCAGGAGGCCGUGCGGAUGGAGCAAGGGGGCGGGAGCGAGGAGGAGGCGCGGCUCCUGAGGGCGCUGCGGAGGAGGGUGUGGGAGACGUGCGAUCAGGGGAGGGUAGGGAGGUGGAGCAAGGGAGAGAUCAGUGAAGAGUCCAUGAGAGCGGCUUAAAAAAGACGAACC